CCACCCCCACCCCCGAACUGCUGCACACAGUGAAGGUGGAGAUAGCGCAGAAGAAUGUUUGGGAGAGUGAGAGCAUCGCCAAUCAGCUCUUUGGAACUUCUUGAAAUGGAAAGACCCCCUUCCAAGAUCAUCAAACACGACUCUCUCUCCAUCUAUGAGUCGACCCUUCUGAAACUCAAACAAGGCUCUCACUGUAAUCCAAGGUACAACCCUGAGGAUAGUUGUACCAUGGCAACUGAUUCGCCUGGGGAGGGUAUUACUGCUGCUGAUGCUGAUUGUACCUCGAGCGAUUCUAUAUCCGGCGACUCUAGUGUUAGUUUUCAAUCGACACUGUGCUCCUCAAACGAGAAAGGAAGUAAGAAUAUGUCUAUUCUUUAUUUAUUCUCAAAAUAUAAAAGUACGCAACAUUCACAUAACUCGAACGAGACAGAGGCGAUGGCUGUAGAGAGUGGUUAUUCGUCUUCUUCUUCCUCAAGUGUUUCGACUGUGUCUGGAAGUUGACACGGUUCAAAAAUGGCUGACGACGGAAACUGAGAUUGGCUGACGACGGAAACUGAGAUUGGGAAAACAUUGGUUCCGUAACGUUUGGUUCGGGAUAUUUAGAUAUUUAAAUUUGUGGAUCGUAAUCAGCAGAAAUAUGUUGUACUAAAAAGGGGUGGGUGAUGUUGUCCGUUUAUUGUGUAAUACGAUAUAAUUCAUACACCUCGAUUGUGUUUGUAACUGUAAUUGUUCUUUACCGUCGAUUCUUGAUUUCUCUAUAGCUGUGCAAUUGAGUUAGUUAUUUUUA